UGUACAAAUGUUGCAACACCUCUGUGACACCGAGGCAAUUAUGUAUAGUCAAUCAGUGUAAUAUCUGAGUCAAUAAGCAAAAAUGGAUCGCUAAAUCAGGUGAGAUUCAAAAUCUUCCAUCACAACUUCCCUUAGAUGUGAAACUGCUAACAUGAAUGUUAAUGGGGUACUGCACCAACUAGUAGAAACAAGGGUUUUCUAAAACUAGAAAUGACUGAGUGCACUAUAAAAAAUGACAGAAGAACUUCAAGACUUUGGCUGAAGAUUUUCUUGUUUCAUUUGUACCCUGCCUCUGGUGCCAUGACCAUGAGUGUGCACCUUCCACAGCCAAUAUGAAUUUGUGGGUUUGCAAAGGUGAGUGGCCCAAGAGUCCAGAGCAUGCACUCUUAGCAGAGGCAGUGCUGAGGGGCAGAUUCUCCUUACACGGAGAGGGGAAUUUCACCUCCAGCUUUUCACUGGAUCCAUCUCUGCAGCCACCUCCUGUGGUGCCAGAGGUGAGCACAAGCUGGAAUGCUGCCCAGCAUUAUUUGUUCUGGGAGUACAGGCAGUGACCCUGCACUGGCCUGGCAGAGGUCAUUUCCUUGAGUUUCAUGUCAUCUCUGCACAGGGGGUGAAAACAGCUUUGUCCAUACCUACUAUACACUUGUGUGGGCACGGGGAAAACAGUGGACUAAAAGAGUGACCUUCUUGUAACAUCAAAUAUCAAGAAGCUUGUAAGGAAAGGUAUGGGGAAAAGGGAGAACUUGUUCAGUUGUUGCGGCUUUAAGGCUUAAAAGCUCCAUCAGUGGCUGGAUAACUUCUGAAAUUACAAUAUCAAGAGACUAAAAACUAAGCUUUUUUUUGUUGUUGUUGUUUUGACAAUACAGUUCAUAUCAUUGGCUUAAUGACCACCAUGGUGAAAAGCUAUCUAAUUUGAAAAUACUUCUGUCUUUGCUUAAGUUACAUGACAUCUCUGGAUGUUCCAAAAAUGGCUCCAAUGAACUUGGGGAGAUGAUACUUGGUAACAUUGAUAAUAUUGUUAAAAUGUAGAAACGUGGAGGAUUUUUUUCUUUUGUGUUUUAUGAAUUGGGGAAAAAACAACAGAAUUUCAAAAAAAAUCCUGCAUCUAAUUUAGGGAAAAACUCUUUGGGAAAAGCGAAAAUGGAAACUGACUGGUCUGAGUACAUUUAGACUAGAGUACUGCUACUUGCAAACUGUGAAAGGCAAGAAGCCCAAGCAGAAGGUCAGUAGAGAUUAUAGCUUCCAGUACAUUUAUUUCCUACUUAAAUUGCUUCUUUUUCUUUUCCACCAUUUCUUGCAGGUCUUUCUUUUUUGCCAUGUCAUCUGACAGACACCAACUGAUCACCCAUUCCCACCAGGACUCACUAAGUUCUACUUGUCACAGUCUCUUGAAUGUCAACAGUCAACCCCUAUCCAAGAGCUCCUCAAAUCUGGCCUGUAUUGGGCACACAAGGAGUUUAGAGGAAAGGCAAAACAAGCAGGAGCUGAAGAAAAGCCAUAGCAGCACCAUCUGCCAUAUCCUGGAAAACAGGAGUGAUGCAAGGAAUGUGCAGAAUCCUGGAUGGUCCUCCUCGCAGCCUGGGAUGAUGGGACUUGGAUCAGAGGUCCAAUCUAUAAAUGACCAGUCAGCCAAUGACCAUUCAGAAGGCAGAACUAAGAAUACAAACCAUGUUCUUGUCACUGAACAGUCCUCAGCAUCCUGGGGAGUGGGGGACACUAAAACGUGUGUAAAGAGCAGCACUGUUGAGAAUGUUUCUUCAGCCUGCUUUGUUCACCAGCAAGGCACGUGUAAAAUGGAAGAAUCAGGAGCUGCCCUUCAGAGAAGCCACUCAGACCUAACUUGCAGCUGCAAACAGCAGACUUAUGUCACACACACAGAACCCAGUGCUACCCACUCCAACCUAAGCUCUUCUGGCUGCAGGCAUGGUCCGCCAGUGGCUAGGAUGUCUUUCCCGACACAGAGAUAUGGAUCAGAAAGAAAUGAAAAUGUAUCUCACUAUCAAAACAUUGUGACUCAUCUUCCAGUCCUACCUAGAGACCAACAAGUACCCACAAAUACCUUUGAUAGUGGCAGUAUUCCACAUAACACUACUGUUUACACAGAUCCUGGCACAUUUCACACUGCUGUUCUAGGACCCCAUAUGCCUGGAAAUAGUUUCCCAAACAGGACAAUGUUCAGUCAAGCCCCUGGGAUUAUUCAUGGUGGUCUGACUUAUGGUAAUAUUCCAAACUCUGCAUACUCCCCCAUGGUGAUGACAGUUCACAACAACUCUGUGGGGCCCUGCAGUCUCAGGCAGGAACCCCUGAAGGCAGAUGCCACCAUCCCAGCCUAUUGCCACUCCUUGCCCAUCCCAUCCAUACAGCUCGUCCCACGGUUGGUGUGCUCCGUCAGUGAGACAGGAAAAGAGCAGGCAGUACCUGGCUACUUUAAUUCCUUUUCUGCUUCAGACAUUCUGACAUAUCCUAAGCUGGUGUCUUCAGUAAGUGAAACAGGCCUGGAUGCCAAGAAAAUCCUGAAGUGCUGCAAUGUUCCUGGAGAACAACCUGCUCAGCAGGAGAGAGCUCCUCCAGAAGCUAAGGCUGCCCGUGUUGCCCUGAGCAGCCAGCAAGGUGCAGACAUGGUAGUGACAACUAAGGAUAUGUGGACUAUGACCUCUAUGAAUGACAUAACCAAAGGCCUGAAACCAGCUCUGGAGCAUAGAGAUGCCGAGGUACAGACCCUUCCAACCAUGGAAUGCAAAUCGGUGGCAACAAGCCCAGCAGCUGCAGCGGAAGGUCACUCACAUGUGUUCCCAGAGGUGAACCUGGAGCAAGACUUGGAGGGCCCCAAAUCUCCAGUUCGUGAAGUCAGAUGGGAUGAUGAAGGAAUGACGUGGGAAGUGUAUGGGGCAUCUGUGGAUCCCGAAGUCCUCGGGGUAGCCAUUCAAAAACAUCUUGAGUUUCAAAUAGAGCAGUUCCAGACAGAGCCUGCUGGGGCAGCUGGGAAAAGUAAUGAGAAAAAAAGGCCUUUCAGAACAAUGAUGCAUUCCCUGAGAUAUCCAAGCUGUUGUGCUCGCUCCAGUUCUGCGGUGGAGUGAGCACAAGUGUAGGGUGUAGGAUAGCUGUGCUGCUUUUAAAUUUGGCAUAAAUGCUGACUUAAGUGUUUGUGGACAGCCCACAUCAGGAUGAGUGGGAAAAGUUCAAUGAUCAUCAAAUCAUAAUCAAUACAUUAAAGCAGGGAAAAGUCCAUGGCUGGACCAUAUAACAGAGAACAUGAGAUUAUACUUAAAUAAUGCCAUCCGAAUGCUCUUGGCUGUAUUUAGUGUAGCACUGUUUUCUUUUAUGUUAGUUUUAAACUGUAUUGUAAAGAAUGGAACUUUUUUUUAAUGAUACAUUUUUUGAAAUAAUUAUGACUUUUUCUGUAUUUUAAUAAUUUAGGGUUAGAAAGCAAAGUUUAAAAAUUAUGCUUUAAUCAAAGUUCUUAGCUUUCAAUCACAUUCCCUUAAAUUGUUUUGGCAGCUGUUUUGCUGUUAAUUUAAUAAUCCUGACUAUAA